ACAUCAUACACACACGAAAUGGCAAAUAAAGGCACGAUCUUUACCAUUUUCAAAAUCCCCACAUUUGUCUGAAAUUGAAAAGGAUAUCUGAAAUCUUGGCAGAUUUUGAGUAUGGCCUUUUUGAGCCGAACCCCAAAUUCUUCCUCAUCCCCACAUUUCCAAUCCACAAAGCGAAUCAAGUUGUUUGUUAACUCUAAGCCAGUUAUCACCACCACCGUCAGCUGCGCGUCGAAAUCGCCUUUCACGGAGAAGCACGCAGCGGAAAGGUACCAUAGGGACAGCUGGGUGUACAAGGGCCGUAAUCAGCCAGCUCCGCCGCCGUCUUCAUCCUGCCCGCUCAUUUCCGACCGGGAAUCGGUCAGGGACUACGACAUAGCUCUGCAGCUGCCCGAACUGAAGAGAUUGCUCGAGGUUUUGAGGGGAAAGAGGGGGAACGAAGGAGGAGGUGGGCCCCACGAAAGGGGGCCCGGGAACGUGUUCUUGGUGGGGACCGGGCCCGGGGACCCGGAAUUGCUGACGCUCAAGGCGUUGAGAGUGAUCGAAAGUGCCGAUCUUUUGCUGUAUGACAGGCUGGUGUCGAACGAUGUGCUGGAUUUGGUGGGGCCCAAUGCUAGGCUUCUGUAUGUCGGGAAAACGGCUGGAUACCAUAGCAGAACUCAGGUUUUGUGCUUGUGGGUUUGGUUUAAUAAAACUGGAUUGAAUGAUGAAUUGUCUUUAGCUGUGAAAUGGAGAUUUCAAUGGAUAGAGAUGAUGCACUUGCUGGAGGAAAUUCAUGAACUGCUUUUGAGCUUUGCCGAAGUUGGGGCAAGUGUUGUAAGGCUUAAAGGUGGGGAUCCUUUGGUCUUCGGAAGGGGUGGAGAAGAGAUGGACUUUUUACAACAACAAGGAAUCGAGGUUAAAGUCAUUCCAGGCAUAACGGCAGCUUCUGGAAUAGCUGCCGAGCUAGGAAUCCCUUUAACACAUCGUGGGAUUGCCAACAGCGUUAGAUUUCUAACAGGGCACUCGAGAAAGGGAGGUGCAGAUCCUCUUUUCGUGGGCGAGCAUGCAGCAGAUCCAGACUCUACACUCGUUGUCUACAUGGGUUUGUCGACGUUCCCUUCACUCUCAUCGAAGCUGAUGUGUCACGGUUUGCCUGACGAUACCCCGGCUGCAGCCAUUGAGCGAGGAACUACUCCUCAACAGCGCGUAGUGUUUUCUGAAUUAAAGGAUCUUGCGGAUGAAAUCGCAUCGAACGAGCUGGUCUCCCCGACUUUAAUCAUCAUAGGGAAAGUUGUUGCCCUUUCGCCAUUAUGGCCACACCCUACAAAAGAGACCUACACAUUGGUGGAAAAAUCUAGGUAGCAUCAACUCUGAGUUUUUUUUUUUUUUUCCAAAGGAUGUCUAGCCGAGUAACUUAUGUUCAUCUUUUCUAAGAUAUGGUCCGAGAAAGAUUAUUAUUAUUUUUUUUAAUUUAAUUGUGUAUGUAGAAUAAUUUGAGAGUCCCAGCUUCCCAGAUAUCCAUGUCUACCAGGUUCAAAGUUGGAACUCUUUUUCACCUUCCUCUUCCUUUUUCCCUAUUAACAAUGGCAGGUGUUAGAAAAGGGCUUGAACUAGUUGGAGUUGUUGACUUCCAAUGAUGUAAUAUUGUAUUGGGUAUUUCUUUUGGCUUGUAGUUGGAUCUUAUGAUAAAGUGAGAAACCACAUUGAGAUAUGCGUCCACAAUGUUUGGAAUUUAUUCAAAAAAAAUAAUAAUAA